AGGAGUCCAACGAGAUCUUCCAAUAUUCUACUUUGGAAGCAAAACCAAAUGAGUUCCUACUUCGUCAACUCCUUCUCAGGCCGCUUCCCAAAUGCCCCCCCCGACUAUCAACUCUUAACUUAUGGACCCGGCGGGGCACACCGGGAUUCUUCCGCCAUGCUCCAUGCCCCUUACGGCUACGGGUGCACCGGGAUGGACCUGACCCUAACCAACCGGGAAGGGGGGGACGCUGGCACCUCAAACACCGAAGGACACUUCGACUCUCGUGGGUUGAAUGGAAGUAGGACGAGCUGCUCCCUCGCCGCCGUGACAGAAUCCAUCCUGCCGGGCAAUCGCAGCUCCUCUCCCCGCUGCGAGCAACCAGGAAGCGGGCUUCUUAACGCCCUCAGCCUGCCCUCCUCGCCGGCCUCCGGGACGGAGCGGUUAGCGGAGCCGAACGACGACGCGCCGGAAGCGGACGAAAUGCUGCUGGACACCCGGGAGAGGAUGGAGCUCACACAGCCGGCCCAGAAGCGAGAGGGUCCGGUGGGCAUCUCGAACCCGUGCAGCGACGCUCCACAGAUCUUCCCCUGGAUGAGAAAGCUGCACAGCGGCCACGAUAUGACGGCCCCCGACGGCAAACGUGCACGUACGGCGUACACGCGCCACCAGACCCUGGAGCUGGAGAAGGAGUUCCACUUCAACCGCUACCUGACGCGCAGGCGCAGGAUGGAGAUCGCCUGCACACUUUGCCUCACCGAGCGGCAGAUUAAGAUCUGGUUCCAGAACCGCAGGAUGAAAUGGAAGAAGGACAACAAGCUGAGAAGCCAACCUUAACACAACCAAAGAAACACUGGAGACGAGAAAAGACCAGAGGCAUGAAACCCCAAAGACUUGAUGAGCAACGCAGCACUUUUCAUUUCUUCUGCAAGCUGGACGCCCAGACGUUCAUGUGGGACCCCCACAAACUCUUCUUCUCUAUGUCGUCCUUGUCUAAACAUAGCAUACACUUAGAAAUCACACAAACAUGCUACAUGCCCGUACUGUCCCAUUUCCCCUAAAUACGCCACAUGCAAAUCUAUCAGGACCAGUCUUUCUGGCUAUUCUUUACUCUUUCUUCAAAUCAAUACAUCCUAGAAAUAAAUAAGGAGGGGGCACCACUGGGUCAUGUCUAAACCCUACUUACCUACAGUAGGUGGGGCAACACCACGCUUCUUCUGUUUCACCACCCUACCUGCUACAUCUCCACCUGGGGUACUUUACUCAUCCAUUAGCGAUCGUAUAAUCAUAUGAGGGAAUCGUGAUAUCAUUAUGAUGAGAAAUAGCCAGCAUUUAAAAGAAACGCUGAUUACCCGUGCAGGUGAGCACAUCGAGCAAAUCAAGCGCUCUCUUUUUCUCCUGCCUGUGAUGUCAGCAGCCUGUCACA